AUGGAAUCUACCACCGUUGUCAGAUAUGUCAACGAGGAUAACUUCAUGGCUAUAAGCCAAACUGUUGUGGAGACCACCCACAUCGACCCACAAGCGGACUGUGGCUCUGGCCAAGAUAUGGAGACUAAGGCUUCCACCCCUGACAAUGCGUCUGACGCAAGAACUCUCGUCGAAGAUCCCGAAACAGCAAUUGUACCGUCUGCCUCUUCCUUCCAAUCAAUGAGAGAAGCGUCAUAG